CAAAGUACACAAGUUAGCCACUUAAAGUUGAAACUAACUUUUGUCGUACCUAACAGUCUCUGAGAACCGGCAUCUGGAUCUCUCUUUUUUAGUCUCGGCAUCUUCCUCGUUGAUCCUCAAUACAGAGAGGAAGAAGAAGAAGAAAUCAAUAAAAUGAAUGUUGCUGGGGUGGUUGGUGGUGGUAGUGGAGGCGGAGGCGGAGGAGACACCGAUCUCAAAUCCUCAUCACUCUCUGAAUGGACCUUCACUGUAUCCCGCCGAUACCAACACCUCCUCGACAAGUCAACUCCACACGUCCUCCACCGUUGGAUCGGUUUCGCCGUCGUCUUGUUCAUCUACGCCCUUCGUGUUUACUUCGUUCAAGGUUUUUACAUCAUAACUUACGGCCUCGGAAUCUACAUCCUUCAGCUCUUCCUCGCUUUCCUUUCCCCUCAGGUUGAUCCAGAACUUGAUGGUCCGUCUCUACCUACCAGCCGAUCCGAAGAAUUCCGCCCCUUUGUCCGCCGCCUACCUGAAUUUAAGUUCUGGUACUCAAUUACAAAAGCAUUUUGUAUCGCUUUUACACUGACAUUCUUCAGCAUGUUUGAUGUGCCUGUAUUUUGGCCAAUUCUAUUGUUCUAUUGGCUUGUACUCUUUGUUUCAACAAUGAAGAGGCAAAUAAUGCAUAUGAUAAAAUAUAGAUACGUUCCCUUCACUUUCGGAAAACGGCGUUACAAUGGAAAGAAAGCAUCUGUGGUUGAUGAUGGAGACUCUGGUCGACCUUGAGCCUGUGGUGAGUGGUGAGUGGUGAGUGGUGAGUGGUGAGUGGUGAGUUCACCUCAAAUAUAUCUAUCUUCUUUAGGGAACCACGGAUUUGUGAAAGCCAUAGAAAAAGUGUAUUCUUUGUUGUAGCAUUUUUUUUUCCAUGUAGUAUUUAUAGUUCCUUUUUUAUUCGAAAUUUUGAUCAAUCACAGUUUGGACGCCUUUUUUAUUUAUAAAUUAAUAACAAUUUCUUCUAUUAGCAACA